GUGCGGUAGGUGUCGAAGGCUGCCGGAUGCUCGCGGAGUUUUGGCGUGAACUAAUUGGCGCAACAGUUAGACGAGACUGUGUCUGAGCCUGGUUGACAGGAAGAUGAUGUGGUGCUCGAUUAAGAGUUGUGUGAGGAGUAGACUGAACCGAAUUCAAGGAAGACGGGGGUGCUCGAUUGGGAGGAACCAGUCGAGGUGGCUCUGGGAAAGCCAAUGGACGGAGAGGUGUGGGAGUCUUUUUUUUUGGGGAGCAAUUCCGGUUCCUGGUACACGAGACUCGGAAUCAGUCGCAAAUCAGAGGCGCCAGACUCUGGAAUUGGGAAGCCAAGUUUCCCUCCUCGUCGAAGUGGAAGGCCGGGAGCCCCAUGUUGACCUCGAAGUUUGGAUCAUGGAAAGAGGAAUGGCCACUGCUGAAACUCAAGGGAGGAAUCUGAGUGGGAUGCGGGACAUAUUGCAUGGUGGCUGGCUCAAAAUUCAGGUCCAUCAAAUCAUUGCCAGAGGCCGUAGAGCUUACACCCACAAUCCUUCGUGGGAGCUACACCUGCACUCCCCAGGGCCGCAACGCCAGGCAAUGGCAAGCCGUACUCGCGAGACCGGAUAAACCAUCCAGAGGCAAAGUCUCGGUCCACAAGAUCUCGCUUCCUCUUUAUGCACCGAGCGUGACGAGGAUCGCGCCUCACCCGCACUCUCCUCGAGACUGGUCAGACUAUUCCGGAUUUUCUCCAGCAGUACAUCUCCGAAAACACAAAGAAUCUAACGCCGGAAGCCGAUUCCAACAAUGCGAGAACA